AUGGAAGGGCAGAUGGACUUACUGAGGUACUACAUCAUCACUGAGGCUCAGAAGUCUAAGGUGCCGGCCUCCACUCGGGCCCACUGGGACGCAGACACCGACGCGGGCACUGCAGCGACCCCUGCGAAUCUCCGUCUCCCCGCGCCCCUCUCGCCCCGAGGCCCGGUCCUCGAGGACGCCGACGAAUGGGGCUGGGUAGGCGAAUCCGCGAGUGGGCCCGGCCUGAACCCCCGCGUGUGGGCUGCCGUGGUUGGGACCUUAGAGGCCGCCGGACCCGCGAGUCGGCGGAUUAAGGCGUUAGUCCGGGCGAGGCCGGCGCCUUCUCGGAGGCGUCCGUGUCCCUCUGCGAAGCAACGGAGUGUUUUCCUUCUAGGCAAGUGUCGCGGCCUUCGUACUGCCCGGAAGCUCCGCAGUCACCGGCGGGACCAGAAGUGGCACGAUAAGCAGUACAAGAAGGCCCACCUGGGCACAGCCCUGAAGGCCAACCCUUUUGGAGGUGCUUCCCACGCGAAGGGAAUCGUGCUGGAGAAAGUGGGGGUUGAAGCCAAACAGCCAAACUCCGCCAUCAGGAAGUGCGUCAGAGUCCAGCUGAUCAAGAACGGCAAGAAAAUCACAGCUUUUGUCCCUAAUGAUGGGUGCCUGAACUUCAUUGAGGAAAAUGAUGAAGUUCUGGUUGCUGGAUUUGGUCGAAAAGGUCAUGCCGUUGGUGACAUUCCUGGAGUCCGCUUUAAGGUGGUUAAAGUAGCCAAUGUCUCUCUUCUGGCUCUCUACAAAGGCAAGAAGGAAAGACCAAGAUCAUAAAUUUUGAUGAUGAAAAGACAUUAGUAAUAAAUUUUCAUAUUCCACAGAUGUUUUGUAUUUUGUU